CUCCUCCUCCUCACUGAGCACAGACAAACUUUCACUUUGGUUUCUUCACAAGUCACUUCCUUGUUUGUCUGACUGAUUCUCUCUGCCUGCCUUUCCUCAGACUGACGAUGGCUGAAGCCCCGCUGUGUGGAUUACAGGAUGAGUUCACCUGCUCGAUUUGUCUGGACACCCUGACUGACCCCGUCACCAUCCACUGUGGUCAUAAUUUCUGUCUGAAGUGCCUCACGGACUGCUGGGAUCAGAGCCAAGAGUGCAGCUGUCCUCAGUGCAGAGAGAACUUCACUACGAGGCCUGCUCUGAGAAGAAAUAAUCUGCUGAAUGAAGUCAUCAAGAAAUUAAAGAAGACGACAUUCAGUCCUCCUCUAUCUCAGAAUUAUGCUGGCCCUGAAGAUGUGGAGUGUGACGUCUGUACUGGGAAGAAGUUCAGAGCGGUGAAGUCCUGUCUAACCUGCAUGGCCUCUUUCUGUCAGACUCACCUGCAGCCUCACUAUGAAGGAGCGGCCUGGAAGGGACACAAGCUGGUUGAUCCUGAUGGAAAUCUGAAGGAGAAACUCUGUGAGAAACAUCAGAAAAGUCUGGAGAUGUUUUGCAGAAAUGAUGAGACGUGUAUCUGCUUAAUGUGUGCGGUGACUGAACAUGAUGGUCAUGAAAAGGUCGAGCUGAAGAUGGAAAGAGAAGGAAAAGAGAAACAGCUGGGGGCGACACUGAGAGACAUCAAGAGGAGACUUGAGAAGAGACAGAAGACACUGAAGGAGACGAGGAAGGUAAUGUACGAGAUGAAGAGAUCUAUGGAAAGAGACAUGGAAGAAAAUCAGAAGAGCUUCACUGCCCUGAUACGGUGCAUUGAGGAAGCCCACAGGAAACUGACUGAGAGGAUCAAAAAUCAAGAAAAGAGAGAAACGGAGAAGGCUGAAGGAGUGAUGGAGCAACUGGAGAAGGAGAUUGAGGAGCUGAAGAGGAGAGAAGCUGAGCUGAAGGAGCUUUCAGAGACCAAGGACCAUCUCCACUUCCUACAGACUUUCUCAUCUCGCUGUGUCCUUCCUGCUGAUGGAGACUCGCUGAGCUUCACUGUCACUGUUGAUUUCUCAUCUGAGGACCUGAGAAAGGAGCUGUCAGGUCUGAAAAAGAGUCUGGAGAAGAUCAGCCAGUGGGACAUCAUAAGGACUUCAUCAGCUCAUGAAGUUCCAGUUUUCACCCUCCAGCCUCCUGAACCUCAGAGCAGAGACGACUUUCUAAAAUACUUCUGUCCCCUCACACUGGACAUCCACACGGCACACAGAGACCUCCGUCUGUCUGAAAGGAACAAGAAGGUGACAUGUAAGGGGACAAAAACUGAAUAUCCAGAUCAUCCUGACAGAUUUGACUACUGGGUCCAAGUUCUGUGCAGAGAGGCUCUGACUGGGACUCGCUGUUACUGGGAGGUGGAGUGCAGUGGACGCUUCAUGAGGAUUGGAGUCGCAUAUAAAGGACUGAGCAGGAAAGGAGGGGACGAGUGCUGCAUUGGAUACAACGACAAGUCCUGGUGUUUGUGGUGUUGUGAUUCCCAGUACUCUGUGUGUCACAAUAACCAGCAGACCGUAAUCAGCGCCCCCUACAGCCCCAGAAUAGGUGUGUAUCUGGACUGGCCUGCUGGCUCUCUGUCAUUUUAUAGCGUCUCACACACAAUGACCCUCCUGCACAGGUUCAACACCUCCUUCACUGAGCCCCUCUAUCCAGGGUUUGGGUUUAGUGUUUUUUUUCACUCCAGUGUAACAAUCAGCCAACUGACACCACGUGACCACUGACCAGUACCCUCCACCGGUCACUUGAUGUCCCCACAAGCGCAGGUCCUCUUUGUGUUUGUAGUUUGGGGUGAAAUUAAAUUUAGAGGAUGGGUGAGUUUGGGGGGGCAGCACCUCUGUGAUUGAAUUUGUGGAUGAGAAUGCGGGGCGAGUGCGGCUGUCAGGGUCUCCAUUAUUAUUGGGUCAGAGUAGCCAAUCAGGUGUGUGUGUCACAAAUCAAUAUCAUCCAGUUGCUGAGCCGCAGCACCAGACGUCACCACUGACAUCGGCCAGCAGUUUAAUGACAGAAUGUGUGUUAGUGUGAGUGUGAUUAGUGGGCACCACACCGGCCAGUAAACCUCCCUGCUGGCACACAACUGCUGGUCCAGACCUGCGGCAGUUUGUUGUGCUUCAGCUCUGACGUAGACUGGCAUAUAGAAUAGACGUACGCAUUGGAUUUGUCACUCCAACAGAUGGCACAUCACAAACAUUUGCAGUAAUGCACUGAACUACUACAGAUAUUUGUGAUUUACCAUCUGUUGGAAUGACAGUUGUGAUGCAUUUUAUUAUUACAUGAAAUUCAAAACAGAAUCCAAGAGAUGUACAUUCAUUACUAAGAAUUCAACCAUCUUAGAUGUGCAGCACAGCUAGUUUCAUAAGAAAAACGAAAAGUUAAAUAUAGAAAUAAUAAUAAUAUAUCAUUUAAUAAAAUGGAGAGUGCAGCAAACAAUAUGGUGAUGCCAUCUGAAUAUUUCAUUCUUAAGUUCACGGCAAAGAAGUUAAUUACUGAGGCAGAUGAGCGUUGCUCCUCAGUCUGAGUGUUUGUGUCCUGCUGUGUGUGUUUGUCCCCAUGUGUGUGUCCAUGUGACACAUGACAGUCCGCUGUGACUCCAGUCUGACCCCACACAUUAUAAAUCAGCUGCUAGUAAGUCCUGACAUUAAACUUUAUCAGGUACGCUUGUUAAACCCUUUUAGUUUUAUCCCACCCUAAUAUUCAAGUGAUGUCUGCUUGCAUUCUGUACGCACUGCUGAUAUUAUAUGAGGAGUCAAAGCUGCUGUCAUUCUGCUAAGAUGUGGAUUAGCAAUAAGAAGAGACGGCUACUUCAGUCACCUCUCGAAGGGCAGCGGCUGACAUUCAGACAACUUCAAUCGACACCAAGUGUGCAUCUCUGCAGCCCGGAGCCUCCACCCUGGAGCUCCAAGGAGGUGGCGUUGACUCCAAUGGGCGCCGACUGGGAGGAGCUUGGAGUUGAAAACACUAAAGAGGCCUGCAGUUCUGGAAACGUCCACUAGAGGGGAGUGAACUGUCAUAUUUAUCACAAACUGAGGUGUCAUAAUCAGAUAGUCAGUCAUAAUUGGGAGGUGCUAAGACGUAAUAAACACUAAGUAACUAACAAUUCAGUAAUUCAGUGGCAUUCUCUUUAAAUGAAAUUGUUCACAAGUCCCAGUGGAUGUGCACGAGUGUGUUGUACAUAAACAGGUG